GCGACAGUCAUCCGGCAGUGCAUGCUCAUCGUUUGUCCAUGAUCAAAAGAAAGUGAUAAUCUUUUUGGAAAGGAAAAAAAAGUUACAGGAGGGAAGGAGGGGUCUGUUUCAAACGGUCCAAAGCCUGCUUCAAAUUCAAACCCUUCCUUUAAAGUUUGAGCAAUUUCCCAGGUCUGAAUUUUGGUCUUACUCCUUAGAAGUGCUAAAUUCCUGAGCCCGGGUAACCAAAAUUGGAUCUUUCAUGAUUUUCUGCAGAUUGAUUGAGCAAACAGGGUGCAAUGGAUAAUUCAUGGAAUUCCGAUGAGAAUUCCGAUAAGGGUUAUCAGCCUUCCACUUCUUCCGUUGACCUGAACGAGCAGUCAACUGCAGAGACUCCGGGAUAUUUAACUCUGAGUGGUGAUUCUUUUGAAUAUUACCGGACUUACUCGGAUACUUCAGCCUUUUCAGAACCCAUUGAUGAAAGCAGCUGCUGCAGUGAGCCUUCUUCUUCUCGGUUACCGGCCAUGAAGUCCGGUGGCCGGAAUCAGAAUGUUCUUAAAAGGCUAGCGAUGAACCAGCACAAAAAGGUUCUAGACAAUAAGCUUGAUGAUAAGCUUGAAUCACUGGAUUCAGAGCUGGAAAUGAUGAAGGAGAGAUUUGCAAAGCUUUUACUGGGGGAAGACAUGUCAGGAAGUGGGAAAGGUGUCUGUACAGCAAUCACAAUCUCAAAUGCCAUAACCAAUCUCUAUGCCACUAUUUUCGGUCACAGUUUGAGGUUGGAGCCUAUGAAUUCCGAAAAGAAGGCAAUGUGGAAGAGAGAAAUGAACUGUCUUCUCUCUGUCUGUGAUUUCACAGUAGAAUUUAUCCCCAGAUCGCACAAUUUGCGCAAUGGAACGUCUGUUGAGAUCAUGGAAAGCAGACCAAGAUUGGACAUUUAUAUCAAUCUCCCUGCUUUGAGAAAGCUGGAUGCAAUGCUCAUAGAAAUACUGGAUAGUUUCCAGGAGAGGGAAUUUUGGUAUGCGGAACAAGGGAGCAUGUCAUCAAGUUCUACUCGUUCAGGCUCAUUCCGUAGGGUGAUUCAUAGGAAGGAGGAGAAAUGGUGGGUGCCAGUUCCUUGUGUUCCCCGCGGAGGACUCUCAGAGAAAUCAAGGAAGCAUCUGCAGCAUAAACGGGACUGUGCUAAUCAAAUUCACAAAGCAGCCAUGGCUAUCAACAGCAGCAUUCUUUCAGAGAUGGCAGUUCCAGAGACAUACAUGGCAUCUCUCCCAAAGAGUGGAAGAGCAAGUAUUGGGGAUACCAUUUACCGACGCAUGUAUACCGCAGACAAAUUCUCUCCUGACUAUCUCCUAGACAAACUGAAUAUAUCAUCUGAACACGAAGCACUUGAGCUUGCUGAUCGGGUGGAAGCUUCAAUGUAUACAUGGAGACGAAAAGCAUGUACAAACUAUUCAAUAUUGUCCUGGCAAAUGGUCAAGGAUCUAAUGUCUGACAUAGAUAGAAGCAAUAAAAAUUAUGUCCUGGCUGAAAGAGCUGAGAGCUUGUUAUAUUACCUGAAGCAAAGAUAUCCUGAACUCGCGCAGACUUCCUUGGACACAUGCAAGAUCCAAUACAACAGGGAUGUGGGGCAAGCAAUCCUGGAGAGCUACUCAAGAGUAUUAGAAGGCCUAGCUUUCAACAUUGUUGCUUGGAUAGAGGAUGUCCUUUAUGAGGACAUAUUGAUGAGAAAUCAAGAGUGAAGAAAACUAGAAGGAAAUCAAGCAUCAAAGAGAUGAUUUUGAAUCCCAAUCAUCUUUCUCUAGCUAGCAAUCAAUCAAAAUUUAUUUUGGAAGCACAGAAGUUCCUUGUUCAUACCUCCAUGUGUAUCUAAUCAAACAAGCAAUCCCAA